UCAGGAUAAAAUUGAUUGUGUCAGUGGAGUAUUGUGCAAAGUGACGAGUAGUGUUUUCCGUUAGUGUAUGCAAACAUAAACACGAUGUCGUUACUACGCUCCUUGCCUACCCUUAAGAAAACUUCCAAAUUAGUGUCUCAAAGCGUUCCAGCUGUUUUUUAUCAUCCGAAUGUAUUAGAUCACUAUGAGAAUCCAAGGAAUGUGGGCUCCUUGGAUAAGAAUGAUUCACAAGUUGGUACAGGAUUGGUAGGUGCACCAGCUUGUGGAGAUGUAAUGAAACUUCAGAUUAAAGUCGAUGAGAAUGGAAAGAUCGUCGAUGCUAAAUUCAAAACUUUUGGCUGUGGUUCUGCUAUUGCUUCUAGUUCAUUAGCUACAGAAUGGGUUAAAGGAAAAACUGUUGAUGAAGCCCUAAAGUUAAAAAACACUGACAUUGCUAAAGAGUUGUGCCUACCACCUGUCAAGCUGCACUGUUCAAUGCUUGCAGAAGAUGCAAUUAAGGCUGCAUUGUCAGAUUAUCGUAUAAAGCAGCAGACACAAUCAAAAGAGAAUGAAAGCAAUGAUAAUACUUCAAUAAAAGCUUGAUUCUGACGUAUCUCAGUUAAUAUACUCAGUAGAACUAUGUAACAUAUUACUUGUGGCUACUGUUAUUAUCUUGUAGUAGCACCUGCUAUAUGUAUUGAUAAAUGUUAGAAUCUUCGCAAAUUAUAAACUGUGAUUAGAAUUUAAAAAACAACAUGUCAAUACAUAUUUAUAGUUCCAUUUAGGAAUAUUCAGCUGUGCUAUACUUUCUUUUAUGGAUCCAAAUAAAUAUAU